UCAAUUCAGUUGUUGUCUUUCUAUUUACUUCCGGUUCACUGUCUGAGUAAUGGCUGCCAAUGGUCCGGCAGGCAAUACGUGCAAUAUGCUACAAUUCAUGAAACUGAUUGGACAGUUAAAACGCGUACCACGGACAGGCUGGGUGUACAGAAAUGUCAAACAACCGGAAAGUGUAUCAGAUCACAUGUACAGAAUGUCAAUGAUGGCUUUCACCAUCACAGACCGCAACAUCAACAGGGACAGAUGCAUGAAGUUGGCCUUGGUCCAUGAUAUGGCAGAGUGUAUCGUGGGUGAUAUUGCUCCAGCAGAUAACAUCAGCAAAGCUGAGAAGCAUAGAAGGGAAAAGGAGGCUAUGAAGCACCUGACCGGGCUGCUCCAGGAAGGCAUGAGGAAAGAAAUCUAUGACCUGUGGAGCGAAUACGAGGAGCAGUCCAGCCCAGAGGCCAAGCUGGUGAAGGAGCUGGAUCAGCUGGAGAUGAUCCUCCAGGCCCACGAGUACGAGCAGCUAGAGCAGACGCCUGGCAGGCUGCAGGAGUUCUUCGACUCCACUCAAGGCCGAUUCCACCACCCUGAAGUCCUGCAGCUGCUGAAGAGUUUGAAUGAGGAGAGAGCUGGUCAUAUAGCCACAGGGAGUAAGGACAGCCAGACCACAGACAGUCAGUGUGACAGACCGGCUGGCACCUCUUGACCUCCAAACCCAUUCUCUCUGUCAGAGAGAGGGCGGCCAUUUUUUUUUUUUUUUUUUUUUUCCCGUUCACCAAGUGACCCUUAACUUCCCUGUUUCAUAGUGUGGGUUCAUUUGGCCAAUCUGAGUUACUAUUGAGUAUAAAAGACCAAAUUUAAAAGCUGCUGCAGAAUCAGUUGGGUAAUAUGGAGCUUGUGAGUAUGGCAGUUGUGAGUAUGUGUUCUACCUCCUUUUACUGUCAUUUGUAUUUAUUUGGGUUCAGCAGCUCCACUGCAGUCCAGUGUUCCUGUUUUUGUAUAAUGGUUCAAGCAAAUAAACCGGUUCCUUCAGUACACACAGCUAGUGUAACCUCUGACCUGCAAUGUAACUGUUGUAACUGGCAUUAUUCUGUAAUGUACGAGCACUGUUGAACAGCGAGUUAAUAAAUCACAACAAGUCCCAAUUUAAAA